UGAAUCUGCUUUUGCAUUAAUUUGCCUCCACUGCAGGCUGAUAGCAGCUCCGGGUCCCAUUCAACGAAACCAUACCGCAGUGCUCGCCGAUAAUUGCCUGUAAAAGCGCUCCUUGCAGCGGAGACCUUUGGUUGGACUUAUCUUAGGCUAUGUACAUAAUAGAUGCUCUUAUUCAACAGUGAAAGUAAUUUCACAUUAUAUUUCAUCAUCGGGAGAGAUGUGAGAGCUCAGUGAGUAGCCUAAAUGAAUAACUGAGGCGACUGACGUGAGUUGAAACAAAUCGCAUGUGAUUUUCAGCCUGUCAUUUUGGCACCAGAGCGCACCGUAAGGAAACAUGUGAAACAGUAUUCCAUGCCUUGCUGGAAAUGACUGUCGACGGAAAGGAUGCCCUGUCUUGUUUCUGCAUGAGAAAUAUGGAAAAAGACACGUUUUUCGUGUAAGUGUGGGAUGCUUAACGGUUUUUGCACAUUGCCUCAGUGUAUUGGAUAUCGUGGGCGACCGUGCCAGGAUACGUUGUGAUUUUGCAAAGAUUUUUUUGAAUCUAUAGCCUUCAUUCAAUAAAUAAACACAUUUCAGGACAGAUUGAUGUGAGGGGCCGACUGGAUCCAAUAUUACAUCACACCUGUUACCAGAAAAUCAGCUCAGCUCAUUCUGAGUCUGGACCUGAGUGGAACUGCUCCUGAGUCCACCAUCGGACACCCUCCGUAACCACUGUUGGGACAGCACCUUGGCCACAACAACCUGGAACUGUGGCAGCACAUACACCAGGUCAACCACUGCCCAUAGUGGUCCAACACCAAGCCCACCACAGGCCAGGCUUUGCCACCAGCUCCAGGGGAGGGCCUGCGUCCCCCCACAGCCAUGCCCAGGGAAGCUCCUCUGCCACGGGUAGGAUCAGUGCUCACCUGCCUGCUUCAUGGCUAGACCUCUACAGACGAAGAGCCGGGGGCCUUUCUACUGAGGGCAGUUUCCCUCACUGUACCAUAGCACAUGGAUUUCAAGACUUCAAAUGAAGAGGCAAAGACUGGGGUUUAUCUGCUGCAAGAUGGUAACGAGGAGCCUUUCAAUAUUCGACUGCACUUGGCUAAAGACAUUCUGACCAUUCAAGAGCAAGAUGUCAUCUGUGUGUCAGGAGAACCAUUUUAUUCCAGUGAGAGAACUGUAACGAUCAGAAGACAGACGAUUGGGGGUUUUGGCUUGAGCAUCAAGGGAGGCGCAGAACACAAAAUCCCUGUUGUGAUAUCAAAAAUAUCAAAAGAGCAAAAAGCUGAACUGUCUGGGCUGCUGUUUAUCGGAGAUGGGAUCCUCCAGAUAAAUGGAAUAAAUGUUCGAAGCUAUCGCCACGAGGAAGCGGUGCAGGUUUUGCGAAACGCCGGAGAGGACGUCACUCUGACUGUCUCUUUCUUGAAGAAGACACCGGCAUUUCUGAAACUGCCCCUCUGUGAAGACUGCACAUGUGUUCCAAGUGAUCAGAGCAGUGGAACGUCCUCCCCUCUGUGCGACAGUGGCUUACACCUGAACUACCAUCCUAACAAUACGGACUCUCUGUCCUGCUCAUCUUGGCCCACGUCCCCUGGGCUCCGCUGGGAGAAGAGAUGGGUGGACCUGCGCCUUAUUCCUCUCCUCCACUCCCGUCUGUCACAGCACAUCCCGGGCUCUGACGUCUGCAGGAAAAAUGCAUUUCAAGUCAUAGCUGUGGAUGGGGUUUGCAGUGGGGUAAUCACAUGCCCCACCGCUGAAGACUGCCUAGAUUGGCUCCAAGCAAUAGCAGCCAAUAUAUCAGCUCUCACCAAGCACAAUGUGAAGAAGAUAAACAGAAACUUCCCAGUUAAUCAACAGAUUAUCUACAUGGGCUGGGUAGAUGAGAAGGAGCAGGACUCCGGUCAGGACCGAAUGUAUUCACCAAAGUUCCUCGCCUUAAAGGGUUCCUCACUCUUCAAGUUCUCAGCACCUCCUGUGACUACAUGGGACUGGACCAGGGCAGAGAAAAGCUACACUGUGUAUGAGAUCAUGUGUAAAGUUUUGAAGGACAGUGACCUCUUGGACAAGCGGAAGCACUGCUUCAGCAUUCAGACGGAGUGUGGGGAGGACAUGUUCUACAGCGUAGAGCUGGAGUGUGAGCUGCUCAUCUGGGAAAAAGCCUUUCAGAUGGCUACUUUCCUGGAGGUGGAGAGAAUACAGUGUAAAACAUACGCUUGCAUCAUGGAGAGCCACCUGAUGGGGCUGACCAUAGACUUCAGCAUGGGCUUUGUCUGCUUCGAUGCUGCUUCAAAAGCAGUGCUGUGGAGAUACAAAUUCUCCCAACUGAAAGGAUCGUCUGAUGACGGGAAGAGCAAGAUCAAAUUUCUGUUCCAAAAUCAGGACAAUAAAGCUAUUGAAGCCAAGGAGCUGGAAUUUUCUAACCUCUUUGCCGUGCUGCACUGUAUCCAUGCAUUCUUCGCUGCCAAAGUUGCUUGCCUGGAUCCGAUGUUUGUGGAGAGCCAAGGUGCUGCGACUACCGCUGGGGGGGUUUCCAUGCUCACCAGUGUCUCCUGUAAUACACAGACAUCCAGAAUCAAAUACUCCAUCUGACAGAGCCUGCUCACCCCCUCUCCUUCCCCCUCUCUCCCGAGUCCCCCCUCUCCCCUAAGACACUGCACUUUUACUACAUCAUGGCCUGGAGAGACGGAGGAGAGAACACAAACAAGUGUGUUGUACUGUAUCCAAGGUCGUCUAAUGAACAAGGACAUGUGAAUUCAACAUUUGAAUGGAAGUAUUAUUGACAUAACUUUUUUUUCUUCAGAAAGACACAUUUGAUAUUUUAUCAGAGAAAAGGAGGCUAAUUGUGUGAACGUUUUGACCUGUACAUUGCGCUGUACUUCGAAGAACAUUGUAACACGAGGAGUGAGCACAGAACCAAUGGACACAGAAUGGAUGGAUGGAUGAUUUAAAAACAUUCUGAAUUCAGUUAUUUGUCUUUGGGUAGAUCCCUAGACACCUUUCACAAUGAUUCACACGUGUUGUUGACACUGUUGUUAAACAUAACACAAUCGUGUUGCCAAGGCGUCAAAGGAGACAAACUGUUUUCUACAAUAUUCAAUCCGCUUCUUGAAGGUUCAAGUAGAUUUUUUUGAACAGGUAGACAUACAUUAUAAGGAUGGGAACUAUGAACAAAUUGCUUUCUUAUUUUCGACAAAAGAAGAUUUAAAGAAGACUUAAUUAGAUUUCUGAUGAUUAUAGCAAUUGUAAGGAUGGUCAGUAAGUAUUGUCAUAAUUUAUCAUUGGAAAUGUAAAUUAGCCACACAAAAAAAUAUCCCCCCCCCCCCCUCUUUUCAUGGAUAGUGAUUUCUUAAUGACCAUGAAUAAUGAUUAGAUUAAUAAAUAUGGAUUAGAUGGAAUCAUGGCAGUGUAAACAUAGUUAAGUAUUUUUCCCCUUGUGUGGUUGUAUAAUUAAGUUGAAAGCACUUAAUUUUCUCUAACCUAUGUUUUUUGAUUUAUCUGAAAACAUCCUUUAAUUCAACUAAGUAACAUUGGAUAAUGUUUUCAUUAUGGAUUAUACACAAAUUUGAAAUGAAUCAACCUUAUGGCACAUUUGAAUUCAGUGUUAAUUUCAUAUAGAUUAUUUUUGUUGCCCAUGACGUGGUUAUAGUUAAACUAUAAAUAUAAAUCACAUCAUGUCAAAUUAUAUACGAUUUCCUUUCAACACAACAGGGUCAUAUAGGGAGGGAAUGACUCAGGUUAUAGAUGUACGUAAACAUAGCUUUUUUAUUGAUGUGGAGGAGAGGACAGGGAUGAGUGCUGCUAUUAUGAGUCUGUCAGAGAGGCAAUCGAGAGGUGUUUUUAAUCAAGGCAUUCAGCAAACAGUAAUCCCUCACACACCCAACCUGGACUGGACCUGGAUUAAGGACGGAUUCACAAAGUGAAUCAUUGAGAAUUAUUUUGACUAAGUGCUACAGCCAACACAGUCAGUCAGAUUCAGAACAUGUGGUUGUGUGAAAAUGUCUAUACCUGGUCCUGCACUCACUGGAAGAUAUUGCUCUAAAUACAAUUCACUCAAAUUAAAUAAACCCUUUCUGUAAUGUUAAUUUUUUCUGCUAAUCUUGAUGAUGUAAAUAAAGGUUGACAUCCAAAUUAAAUUUAAUGCGUUCCACAGAGAAUAAAUAGUUGAUACCCUCAUGCUCUCUUUACCAAGUUCAAUGACGAUGAACAAAAUUGAUUGCCACCCAUGAUUAAAAAGAUGCUGUCUCUGUCAUGUCAGUGUAAAAAUUAUCACAAUAAGAACCACAUUGCAAGCAUAUUCUAAUAUGUAGCAUUGUGUCCCAAAGCGCUUAGAAAAGCCUCUUCGAACUGCAUCCAUCCACUCUAAAGUCAAAAUCGAUUUUAAAAUGUUGUAGUAUGACGACUAAUCCAAAAACAUAUCAGAGUGCUAUAUGAAGUGAAGUGAUGUGCUUGACCACCAUUCCCCUCACUGUCACUAAGUAGACGGCUUUGGGUGAGGAAAUCAGAGGACAAAAUUAAAUGGGGUCGAGGAGGAGCAUAACAAGUUGGUCAUCUGACAUAAGUGUAGAAAGGGAAAGUGCUGUAGAUUCUAUGCAAAGAAAGUUGAAGUUGCGCUGUGUUGUGCUUUACAUAUAGCCUAGAUCUCUUUCACAUACUCUUGGCUUGGAACACUUCAAAACAAGAGAUUGAUGGGGUGGCUUUUAUUUUUUGGCAAAUGAUAGCUGUUUUAAUAACAAAUAUAUAGUGUACUACUUAAUAAAUAAAACAUUUUGUAACAUGGGGCCGAUUUGAGAUAAUACAUUGUUUGACAGUAAAGUCAGAGAUGGUGGCAAAGCAUAACAUUUUUUCAAACGUAUGAAUAAUAUAUUUUAUAUCACCACUGAAUGAGCCAAUGUUACCUUCUUUUAUUUUUGACCAUGAUAUCCUAUUUUUAGGUUACAGUCAGGGCUGGGCUAGUUAUGGGUUAAGGAUGUUGCUAUGCUUCUUCUCUGCAUAAAGAAAUUAGAUGAGAAAGAUUAAACCACGACUCAUUGAGUCUUGGCAAAGAGGAAUAAUUAAAAAUACUUGGGUGAGAAAAGCUACAGAAAGUAACUGUGGGACUCUACAGCAGUGGGAAGGAAUUAAUGAUUUAAACAGAGGCAAACAUGUGAAGACUGUGACCUUUAUUUUGUGUGUGCUGAAACAUGUGCAGAGGGAACUGACACCAUUUCAAAAAUGUACUGCCAGCACACUUUAAAUAUCAACAUGAGCCUGAUAAGAAAAAACUGAACAAUAGUUUCACCUCUGUACAAAUUAAUUCAAGGCAAGACCAUAACAUUGGCUUGGAAUUGGGUCUUUACUGUGAGGACCAUUUGGGGAACCAAACAAUCCUAUCAAGUGUUAGUGCAUGGGGUGACCCAAAAUCUCAAGGACUAGGUCUCAUAAAUUAUGUCCAACACCUUAACGUUGCAGUUUUACCCACUGUAAAUGUGAUUUCAACACAGUUUAAUGUGUGUACAUAAUUUAGCAUCUGCAUUUUUCAGAGAUUAGAUUAUUCAGAAUGAUGACUAUCAAAAUGACAGUUGCUUUUGAGCCAUAACGCCCUGCUACUUAUACAGCAUGUGCUAGUUAGUCAUUUCUGUAUUAUUGCUUACAAUUUUCCUGGCAGGCAUGUUUAGCCAUAGAACUAACACUAGUGGAGUGUGGACCUAGCCUACAUACAAGCAGAUUCCGCAGUGCCUUGUGAUAGCAAGAGGGCACUACACCAACAAACAAAUCAAACCCAAUCCAAAUGAUUUUAUAACCAAACAUACAGUAUCAACAUAACAAUCUACUUUACUGUUGUCAUGUUAAUACAAAAUAGAACCUCAAUAAUAUAUCAACAACUAUAAUUUCAAUGCUUCCAAAGCAAGAUAAAUCAUCAGUUUCCAAGUUGUGAUAAAACUAUAAAAACAUAAAUGUGACAUCUACCAAUGGACAUGGGCAUGCUAUUCUUUUUCAAGCAUUAAUGGAAUGUACUGUAGAAGCACUGCAUCGUUCUUAGAAGUCACUAUGGUCAGAAUCAGGGCCGGUUAGAGCCCCACGGAAGCUAGGGGUCUCAAUAUACUAUUGAGAAUAAGAAUAGUAGAAUACACCAGGUGCAAUUUUGAAAUGUGGUUGUGCAUCAGCAGUUUAUCUUGUUAUGUCAGUCAC